CAGAGUGGACUGACCCGCUUCUGAUCUAAAUCACUGCUAGCGCUCAUUGUGAGAUACAGCAACCACUUCUGUAGGCUUUCUGAAACUGCCUAGACCUUUGCAAAUGCAAGCAAUUAAAUGUGUGGUGGUCGGGGACGGGGCUGUGGGAAAGACCUGUUUGCUAAUCAGCUACACCACCAAUGCCUUCCCCGGAGAGUACAUACCCACUGUCUUUGACAACUACUCUGCAAAUGUGAUGGUUGAUGGGAAACCAGUGAAUCUGGGUCUAUGGGAUACAGCAGGACAGGAAGACUACGACAGACUCCGACCACUGUCCUAUCCACAGACGGAUGUGUUCUUGAUAUGCUUCUCCCUGGUCAGCCCCGCCUCCUUUGAGAACGUCCGAGCUAAGUGGUACCCAGAGGUGAGACACCACUGCCCCAACACCCCCAUCAUCCUGGUGGGCACUAAACUGGAUCUGAGAGAUGACAAGGACACCACGGAGAGGCUGAGGGACAAGAAGCUGUCCCCCAUCACCUACCCCCAGGGCUUGGCCAUGGCACGGGAGAUAGGUGCUGUGAAGUACCUGGAGUGCUCGGCCCUGACCCAGCGAGGGUUGAAGACGGUAUUUGACGAGGCCAUCCGUGCUGUGCUGUGCCCCCCACCCGUCAAGAAGAGGGGCAAGAGGUGCACAGUGUUCUGAGGGCUCUUAUUGUUCCAGGAUCAACCUCCAACAUAGUGGCCAUCGUCAUGACGAUACAUCUGGUACACUAAAACAUCACCAUAACAAUCACUACUUCUCUUCGGGACAAGUCCUAACUUGAAACACCACGUAACGGCAAUUUAACUGACGUUUGUGUAAAUAAUGGAUUCAUGUCAAUGGAAUAUUUGAUCUCAAGUUAGGAUUGGCCCCAAGAGAAAUAAAUACUGGAUUUUUUUUUACAAUAGGAAAACCAUUUGAUCAGGUGUAAAGAUGUGUCGUCAAGUUGCCAUUUGUUUGUUUUUACACAGAGGAAAGCACUUGAGGUGUCUACUCUCACUCAUACAACCCUAGUCCCUCUCAGUCCUGUUAGCUUGAGUUGAUACAGCACUCAAAACAGUCUGUACUGUGAAUCUGUCGCUCUGGGUUGAAGUUGCCCUUAGGUACAGAUUUAGGAUCAACGUUCCCGCCUCAAGUCCUAACCUUGACCAUUACGGGGAAAAAACACAUGACCUUAGAUCAGUGAUUAGGGGAAAUUUCACCCUACUCUGUGAAGUGAAUAAUGUGACAAACAGACAAGAAUGACAUGGGAGCUGUACAACCUGGCUACCUGAGGAAUGCCUCUGAUGGAGGUGCUUGCAUUGGUUUAAACAAUAUGUCUUCAUUUUCCAAUUAUUUGAAUCUACCCAUGCAUGUCACUGUAUGUGUGAGUAAAAUUUCCAGCAGUG